AUGUUUUUCCCAGCAACCUGACUGAGUUUUGAACUGCAUAGGCUGCUAGUGCUGUCCAUGGUGCUGAACGCUAAAACUACAUUUUGCCUACAAGAUACACCCCAUUUUCAGAAAUUCAUGUGCAGUGUUGUUAAGUGUUUAGAUUUGAUUAUUGGAUUCGCGCUAUCUGGUGGAACAUGCAUAAUACACAGUACCUGCUGGUUUUGCAGGCAAUUGCAUUUCUACGCUUCAUGAUUGGACUAUGUCACAUUUUUCACCACUUGGCGUCACUGUUGACCGUUAGUGUGAGAAAUGGUCACGGGCGUUAAGAGGCCCAUCCCGCCUUCACAGGGUGAGGACAUGUCUUGCUGCAUUGUUACAAAGAGACGCAGGACGAGAAAGCGAACAUUCGGCAGCUAGAUCAGUCUGUUUAUACCUUCUACAAUUGCAUCCGAAUUUGACAAAUAACUUCUUCAAAAUCUUGAUUGUUUUAAAUAUAAUUUCAUCUCUUUGGAUCUAUGCGUUGCUGACAUUCGAUGGAAUGAUGUCUUUACCGAACAGAAGGAGCUCUAUUGUGACGUAUGUAGUGCUUGUGCUGCUGGAGUGUUACUGGGAAGCGGUGUCUGCGCAGCUCUCUUAUUCCGUCUCAGAGGAGGUAAACCCGGGGACUUCUGUGGGAAAUAUCGCUAAGGAUCUAAACCUCAAUGUCCAGGAUUUGGAGUCGCGUAUGUUUCAGAUUGUCACCGGGUCCAAGAGAAAGUAUUUCGAGGUAAAUCUAAAGACUGGGGUUCUCUAUGUGAAUGAGAGGAUAGACAGAGAGGAGCUCUGUGUGAAGGCUCCGAAAUGUACAGUCAGUGUAGAGGCCGUUAUAAACAGUCCGUUGAAGCUUUACCGUCUAGAAAUCACUAUUUUAGAUGUUAAUGAUAAUGCUCCGUCGUUUAUUGAAAAAUCACAAAGUAUCAAUAUAGCAGAGAAUGCAUUACCUGGCUUGAGAUUCGCCCUAGCAGAGGCAAAUGAUGCGGAUGUGGGUAAGAAUACUGUUAGUACAUACAUGCUUAGCCCUAAUGAAUACUUCGCUCUUGAUAUACACAAAGGAGGAGAAAGUGUGUCUGCUGAGUUAGUGCUGCAGAAAGCUUUAGACCGAGAGAAACAGCCCGUUAUAAAGCUCACGCUGACGGCUGUUGAUGGUGGCAACCCACCGAGGUCGGCCACAUCAGAGAUUGUAGUUAAUGUUUUGGACAUCAAUGAUAACGCUCCGGUUUUUAGUAUCUCGUUGUAUAAGACUCGACUUUUGGAGAACGUGGCAAUAGGGACUGCAGUAAUCACACUGAAUGCGUCUGAUGUCGAUGAGGGCACAAACAGUGAAAUGGUGUAUUCGCUCAGAAGUAAAGGCCAAGAUCACAUAUUAGAUAGAUUUCAAAUCGAUUCUAAAACGGGAACAAUAACAGUUAAAGGUCAUAUAGAUUUCGAAGAAAGUACUGCCUUUGAGAUCCGUGCAGAAGCGAGUGACAGAGGCCAGCCCCCGAUGGCAGCUCACUGUAAAGUGUUGGUAGAGGUGGUGGACCUCAACGACAAUGCCCCUGAGAUCACGGUGACGUCACUCUUAGACAUAGUGAAGGAGAACGCCAAGAUGGGCACUGCUAUUGCUCUCGUGUCCGUCCUCGAUAGAGAUGGUGGCAAAAAUGGAAUAGUGAAGUGUGAAAUUGCUAAUGAUGUCCCUUUUAAAUUGGAGACAAACUAUAAAAACUAUUAUUCUUUAGUGGUCGACGGGCCUCUGGACAGGGAGAGCGCUUCUCAGUAUAAUGUCACCAUCACAGCUACUGAUGAAGGGACCCCGCCUCUCUCCAGCACCAGCGUUAUUACUGUACACGUUUCUGAUGUAAAUGACAACGCUCCUCGUUUCUCAGAACCGGUGAUUAAUGUUUAUGUGAAAGAGAACAGUCCGGUAGGAGACGUCAUUUUUACAAUAUCUGCUUUUGACUCAGAUUCAGAUGAAAAUGCAAAGAUGACGUAUUCGUUAUUAGAUAAAAGUGUUUCAAUAUCAUCAUCUGUAAAUAUAAACUCGGAUACUGGAGAUAUAAUCAGUCUACAGUCUUUUAACUAUGAGGAGAUCAAAACUUUCCAGUUUAAAGUUCAGGCCACAGACUCUGGUGUUCCUCCACUCAGCAGCAACGUGACUGUGAACGUUUUUAUCCUGGAUGAGAAUGACAACAGUCCUGGGAUUCUCGCGCCCUAUUCUGAACACGGCUCCGUUAACGCUGAGAACGUUCCCUAUUCUGCUGAAGCGGGCUACUUUGUGGCCAAGAUCAGGGCUGUAGACGCCGACUCUGGCUACAAUGCGCUGCUUUCUUAUCACAUCUCUGAGCCCAAGGGAACCAACCUCUUCCGAAUCGGAACCAGCAGCGGGGAACUGAGGACUAAGAGAAGAAUGAGUGACAAUGACCUGAAAACUCACCCUCUGGUCGUGUUGGUUUCUGAUAACGGAGAACCCUCACUGUCAGCGACUGUGUCUAUUGAUGUAGUGGUGGUUGAAAGUACAGGUGAAAUCCAGACUCAGUUCAGAAAUGUACCGAGAAAGGAGGAGAACUUCUCUGAUUUAAACCUGUAUUUGUUGAUCGCCAUUUCCUCGGUAUCAGUGAUAUUUUUACUGAGCCUCAUCAGUUUAAUAGCUGUAAAAUGCCACAGGACAGAGGACAGUUUCAGAAGGUACAGCGCCCCAAUGAUCACCACACACCCUGACGGAAGCUGGUCUUACUCUAAAUCUACUCAGCAGUAUGACGUGUGUUUCAGCUCAGACACACUGAAGAGUGACGUAGUGGUUUUCCCCGCUCCGUAUCCACCUGCAGAUGCAGAACUGAUCAGUAUUAAUGGAAAUGACACGUUUAACAGGACUCAGACGUUACCCAACAAAGAGGAGGUAAGAACUGUAGUUUUAACACAGAAAUUGGUUUUCCUUCUGUCCUUUGUCGCUUUGUUUUAAUUUUCAAUGUUUUUGGUUAACGUUGUUAUUUGCUUCGUUAUCUCAUUUGAAUGACAUAUUUAAGAUGUUAAACUUCCUUGCUAUUUUCCCACGUUGAAGAGAAAGUUGGACGCGCUGUCCAUGGUGCUGAAACGAUUCACCCUCUUUUGCAGGUUGUCGGAACUAUAAUUUAGCAGAAGAGCUAAGGGGUAUCCUAUGAAGCAAGCUAGAUGUAUUCAGGGUUUUCUAAAGCUAACCAUAUCCAGUUAUCUUCACAUUCCAGCUCAGGCUCCUUCCGUACUAGCACGGGAGAUAUUGCUCGUCCGCCUGCCGCUAAUUGUAGCAGGCAGGCGCGUGCAUAUCGCACAAGGCUUUUCGAACGCAGAACUCUUCAUUGAGACAAUGGUGAAACAUCAAUCCAUUGGCGAGUCAGAGCCACGUAUUCUUUUUUGUAGUCUUUACUUACGUUUUUUUUUAUUAGGCAGGUCAGUUAAGAACAAAUGUUUAUUUUGAAUGACGGCCAA